CGGCCGAGUGAAAGCCCCGCCGUCGCCGUCGUCGUCCUUUUGACGUUUUUAUGCGGGCUAUUUAUGCUCCGAUUUUAUGGGCAUCAUUAAAAAUCGAUAACCUUUUUUUUAUUCUCGUGUUUUAUAACCAGCCAAUAAAGGCCAAAUGAUAGCUCAUAGCUGGCACGCAUAAUUGAAUAUUAUGCGUAGCCCGGAGACACGCACAAGCUGUGUGCGUGUAGAGCUCUGUAUUCUCUACAUAGAGAUAUCUUUCAAUUAUAAUUAAGCGCUGUCACGCAUACCUGUAUACAUUUUUAAUAGUUUUCCUUUAGUUAUAGACGACAUCGGCACUGCAUAUGGUGUGUGUAUAUAUAUAUAUAUAUAUAUAUAUCCGGAAUCUCGGUCUGCCAAAAUUCUACUCUCCGAUAUCAGGGAAAACAAAAAACUUGUGACUUGUGAUUCCACAAUGGCAGUGUUAUCGUCGCGAAAUCUCUCGCGAACAAAGCUGCACUCGAGAGGGAGAGAGAGAGAGAGAGAGAGAGAGAGAGAGAGAGAGAGAGAGAGAGAGAGAGAGAGAGAGAGAGAGAGAGAGAGAGAGAGAGAGAGAGAAUGCAAAGGUUAAUUUAUUUCUCUAGCUCCGCGGGCCACUCGACAGUGUACUCCCAGCUCCAAAUCAAAAGAGUGUUCGAUUUACCCAAUGUCGGCAACUGCGCUGCUCUUGCGAACCGUCGCCGCAUCAGCCAAUUGUUUGUUCCGCGAAAACCUCCGCAGAAGCUCGACGGCAUUAUUCUCGACGAUGGCGAAGAAAACGGCGGUAUGUCUACUGGCCGAGGGCGCCGAGGAGAUGGAAGCGAUCGUCACCGUGGAUAUUCUACGUCGCGCCGGGGUAUCCGUAACUGUUGCGAGUAUAACAGAUAAGGAGUGCAUCAAAUGCAGUCGAGACGUAAAGAUUUGCACAGAUGCGAAGAUUGGCGACAUUGAAGGACAAAAAUACGAUGCCGUUAUUUUGCCAGGUGGAGUCGGCUGGAAAAACUUGGCUGCGUCAGCCAGAGUAGGAGAAAUACUUAAAGCUCAGGAAUCAGAGAGCAAAGUAAUUGCUGCAAUUUGUGCUGCUCCAAAUGUUUUGAAAGCCCAUGGAAUAGCAAAAGGAAAGAAGAUCACUUCUUAUCCUUCAGUGAAAAAUGACCUAACAAGCGAUUAUAGUUAUAUUGAUGAUCAAAUUGUUGUCACGGAUGGUAAUUUGAUAACAAGCAAGGGACCUGCUACUGCUUAUGCAUUUGGAUUAGCUAUUGUUGAAAAGUUAGUAGAUAAGGAAACAGCACAAAAAGUAGCUGAUGGUCUAUUGUACAAGGAUUACAAAUAAUCUUUUAAAAAGAAAAGUUAACUAGCUUUAAAAAAAUGUUUGAUUUUUAUUUGAUUUUCCUAGAGUAUCUAUAAUUAGUUAUUAAUUUUCUUAAAAAUAAAAAAAAUCAAUUACAAAUGUAAUUUUACAAAAAAAAAAAGAGAAAUAAACAUCAAAGUACAAAA